GUGCGUGCGGGCCGCUGUGGUAUACUUGCGCUGCGCCAUCUCUACGCCCUCGGGGCGGUCUUCGUGUCCGCUGGGCUCCGCGUUCGCGGAAGGUCGCGGGUGGGCGGGAGCGAUGCUGCCCGGCCCGCUUGGGCCUUGAGGCGGGAGCGGCGAGCCGAGCCAUUACUUGCCGACCGCACCGAGCCCGCAGCCAUGUCCGCGGGGUUCUCCUUCGGGAGCAGCACGCUGGGCUCCUCCACCGUGGCCGCCAGUGGGAGCGGCACGGGCGGCGGUUUCUCCUUCGGGACCGCGGCGUCUAGCAGUCCUUCUGUGGGGCUCAGUUUUGGGAGUCUCGGGAGUACGGCGACUCCGGUGACAACAUCUGCUCCUUCUGGUGGUUUUGGAACCGGGCUCUUUGGAUCUAAACCUGCCACUGGGUUCACUCUAGGAGGAACGAACACAGGCCCGCCGGCCACCACGUCUGCGUCCACGGCAGGCUUCAGCUUAGGCUUCAGCAAACCCGCGGCGUCCGCCACACCGUUUGCGCUGCCCGUCACGUCUGCCUCGGCUGGCGGUCUCACGCUCUCGUCCGCGCUCACGUCGACUCCUGCAGCGUCCACAGGAUUCACUCUGAGCAGCCUGAGUGGGACGGCAGCUGCAGCCACCACCGCGCCCGCAGGCCUCUCUUUAGGGGGAGCCUUGACGGGUUUGGGAGGGCCGCUGUUCCAGAGCGCAAGCGCGGCAGCAUCAGGACUUGGACAAAAUGCUUUAGGUCUGUCUCUGGGAACUGCAGCAGCUACUUCAGCUGCUGGAAAUGAAGGCCUUGGAGGUAUAGAUUUUAGCAGCUCAUCGGAUAAAAAGAGUGAUAAAACAGGAACAAGACCAGAGGAUAGUAAAGCCCUGAAGGAUGAGGCUCUACCCUCUGCCAUCUGCCAGGACGUGGGCAACCUGCAGAAAUUUGUGAAGGAACAAAAACAAGUCCAAGAAGAAAUUAGUAGAAUGUCUUCAAAAGCAAUGCUUAAAGUGCAGGAAGAUAUUAAAGCUCUGAAGCAGCUUUUGUCAUUGGCUGCCAGCGGAUUACAGAGGAACACUCUCAAUAUCGACAAAUUGAAAAUAGAAACUGCUCAGGAGUUAAAAAAUGCUGAAAUAGCUUUAAGAACCCAGAAAACACCACCUGGACUCCAACAUGAAAAUACAGCUCCUGCUGACUACUUCCGAAUCCUGGUUCAGCAGUUUGAGGUGCAGCUCCAGCAGUACAGACAACAGAUUGAAGAACUGGAAAACCAUCUUGCCACCCAAGCUAACAAUUCACAUAUCACCCCUCAAGAUUUGUCAAUGGCUAUGCAGAAAAUUUAUCAAACAUUUGUAGCUUUAGCUGCACAACUUCAGUCUAUUCAUGAAAAUGUGAAGGUGCUCAAAGAACAGUACCUCGGCUACAGGAAAAUGUUCUUGGGAGAUGCCGUGGAUGUGUUUGAAGCCAGGCGGGCAGAAGCCAAGAAGUGGCAGAAUGCCCCCAGGGUCACUACGGGACCCGCCCCUUUCAGCAGCAUGCCAAGCGCGGCAGCCGUCGCCAUGGCUGCGACACUUACACAGCAGCAGCAGCCUGCUACAGGGCCACAGCCAUCUCUGGGAGUUAGUUUUGGAGCGCCAUUCGGCUCAGGUAUUGGCACUGGCUUGCAGUCAAGUGGCCUAGGUUCUUCAAACCUUGGAGGCUUUGGAGCUAGCUCUGGUUUUGGAUGCAGCACCACAGGGGCCUCCACAUUUGGAUUUGGAACAACAAAUAAACCCUCAGGAAGUCUUAGUGCAGGCUUUGGCAGCUCAAGUACAUCUGGGUUUAACUUCAGCAAUCCUGGCAUCACGGCAUCAGCUGGUUUGACAUUUGGGGUGUCCAAUCCUGCCUCUGCAGGCUUUGGAACAGGAGGACAACUCCUUCAGUUGAAGAAACCUCCGGCUGGAAACAAAAGAGGAAAAAGAUAAAACAUGGGUUGAUGUGUUGAGAGGAAUCCAUAGCAGCGUCGUUCAUUCUCUGAGUCUAUUUUUCUAAAGUUGAUGCAGUAAAACUAAAUUGCAUCCCAGGAGAUUUAUAAAGUUUUGAUAGUUUUUCCUUACUUCUGGAAUUUGAACUCUGUUCUUGUUUGCCGUGCUAAACAACGUUUGUGUAUUUGAAACCUAGUUAUGUAUUUUUCAUUAUUUUGAUUCUCAGUGUAAGAAAUAUUACAUCGCUGAUCGGUAAAACCUACUGCUAUUUAACCUAGUGUUUUAGCAAUGUUUUUGUUGACAAGGUUUACAUUAUGUGAAUAUAUGCACAUUUGUUUCUUCUGUAGAUGGUAUGAACUCUAGGGCCUAUACCAGAAUCACUUUGUUCCUUGAUAAAAGGCCUUUUGAACUACACUGCAGGGCAUCUUGUGAAUAUGUAUGUAAAAUAUAUACAGGCUAAUACGCACAGUUGUGUGUGCAUAGAGCUUAUAUAUUUACAGACCUACAACGUUUGCCUCA